GUACAUACCCAAUAAUAAUAAUAAUAAUAUUAUGCUGUCGAGUGUUGAGGUCGAUCGAAUAAGCUUAAAGCAAUUUCCAAUCCCCCCGGUAUUAGAGUUUUUCCAAUACCCUCUGAUUAGUACCAACCAUAAAAAAAGAAAGAAAACAAUUAUACUUUUGGUUUACUCGGUAUUUUUUCAACUCUGCGAUCUUGCUAGUUGAUACCGCCGGGAUGAUUGUGGGCCGUACAGUUGGUUUUUCUUCAGACCUUUGACGCCCACAACUCCAAGUUCGUUCAUCUCUUUCUUUCUGUUAUCUAUCUGAAAUUAUUACGACUUUUCGCCACUCAGUCGUCGACCCACCCUCUGAUUAGAGACGAGAGACCAGAUAUAACAAUACAAGGACAUGGGAUGCCUGGUGUCAACACCGAAAGAUACAGUUGGAAAUAGGAGGAGGCCAUCAAACAUCGGUGAAGUUUCUGUUUAUGUUCCUGGUCUGCGAAUACCUAAACCUGUUGAUUUCUCUCAGUCACUUGGUGAUCAUUUGUCCAAGAGUUUAGUAGAACGUCUAUCUGCUUUAAGAACUCGUAUAGUUGUAAUGGCUGGCCAAGAAGGUCCUACAAUCACAAGAACAAGGAGAAGAACCCAACACGGUGGUUCAACAUUAGCUGAUCUCCUGCAGGCUCUCGAGGAUUACUUACCUGUUCUUUUGGGAUUAAUGAAAGAUGGAAGCCAGCUACAACACAAGGUUCAAUUUGUGUGGGUAAAUCAAGAGGAUGAUGCAGAGGAAACAGCUAUGUCUAAUGGAUGGUACGAGGUGAUGUCAAUUUUGCAUUUAAUGGCAAUGCUAUCAUUAUCACAAGCUAACUUAUUACUUCUUCCGAGAACAUCUGCUGACGGUCACCAGCCAAAAGUAUCAGAAGAGAGUAGACGAGCUUCUGUUGAUAUAUUCCUGAAGGCUGCAGGACACCUUGACUGUGCUGUCCGACAUGUUCUCCCACAGUUGCCUGCUGAGCUCAAGAGAAACCUUCCAGUUGAUCUAGCAGAGGGAGUUCUUCGAGCUCUUUGCUUACAAGCAUUAGGACAGGGUGUUGAUAUUCAACUUGGAAUGGCAAUUGAUAGUACAAAAGCCACUCUUGCAGUGAAGCGAAGGCUUGCAUGUGAGAUGGUAAAGUAUUGGCAGCAGGCUCAAGAUAACAUUAUGAACCUUCCAUUAUUAAAUGGUUGGGGUGAAAAGCAUAAACUCUUUGUAAAGUGGAAAUAUGUUGAGGCAAAGGCUGCAGCAUAUUAUUAUCAUGGUUUAAUCCUCGAUGAGGGUAACACAGAAAAAUUUCAUGGAAUGGCUGUAGCUGCUUUGCAAGCAGCAGACGAGUAUUUUAAAGAAAGUAAGAAGGCAUGUGAGGCAUUUAAUGCUGCUUCUCCUUUGUCCAGAAACCCACCGCUUUGGGGAACCAUGAAAUAUCUAUCUGAGAAAAUCCCAAAAGAUACUUCAAGCAAAGUGCGAAUAAACCGUGAUCUGUACUCUCAUGCAAAAAUCAUGGAGACGGCACCGACAUUGCCUGACUUUGCUCUGGCCUUGAAACCCGACGAAUAUCAACUUCCUCCACUGGAUCCCUCUUGGAACAUGGAGCACACAAAUAGGGGACCUACAGCUUCCAACCAGCUCAGGAAUGACAGGAAAUAAGUCGAUGUAUGAUAAUUUUCUGCAUUACAGAAGUAGAGGGGUCAAUGAAUGACCAUUCAAAAUCAGGUGGAUUAUGUAAUGUAAAAGGUGGUAUUUUGUUCCCUUCUACUUUUUCUUUUUACUCCUUUUAAUCCAUUUUUCUUUAUAAAUUUGUUUUCUUCUUCCUCCCA